AGCUCAAACUGAAAGAGAACAUCGGGAACACGUUUCUGGACAUGGCGCUGUCGGCGUCCCGCGAUGCGGACUCCUUCUAUGUGCAGGACUGCCGCCAGGUCCAAAACAACACCCAUUCAAUCCAGACACUCACCGGGCAGAUCUCCAAGCUAGUGGGCACCAUGGAGGCGGAGAAGGACUUCCAGCACUGCCGGAAGAUGGUGGAUGAGGCUGUCCGCCAGGCAUCGGAGACAAAGACUAUCCUGGCUCGGAUUCGUGAGCAUCAGCACCAAGCUCAGAACACCGCGGAGCGCAACAAUAGAAGGAUGAUGUACCAGAAGCUGUCUGACAACCUUGCCAUCACUGCACGAGUCCUGGAGGACGUGGUGCGGAGGUUCACCGCGGAGGAGCGGCGCCGCGUGGGCGGCGGAGUUCUGGAGACGCCGAGCAUCGCCGCGGCGGAUGCGGCGGGGGGCAACGAUCAGAAGCCCCUGCUGAGCACGCCCGAGAUGGAGGCGGUGCUGCAGACAGACAAAGUACAGACCUUGCGGAAGGUCGACGAGGACAUGCUUUGCUUGCAGCGGAUCUACACCGACUUGGCGAGUGCCGCGGAGGAGCAAAGUUGCACGUUCGACUCCCUGGAGAGCCACAUGGCGCGGGCCGCCGCCGACGUGGAGCGCGGCAGAGAAGAGGUCGAGUACACUGACAAGUACAACAUGGCAGCAAAGCUGAAGCGAAGGCUGUGGCUUGCUGCUGGCGGCCUUUUGGCAGUGAUGGUUUUUGGCACCGUGAUCAGCUCGGGGUGAUGCGCCUCACAGAUUACAGCAAGUUUCACCAGACCAGGGCGGCGCUCUUAUAU